UUGAUAUAUGCUCAAAAUAUAAUACUAUAAUAUGUUAAACUAAGUCUUGUUGUCCAAGCACUUUUUCGCAAGUGAGUCAGUUAAAAUAUUCACUUUUAAAGUAUGCACACUAUAACAAAAGGCAUUUGGUCACAACUUUGUGGUUCUAACCAGGGAAAACACAUCCUAUCGAAUAUCGGAUCCCCUCACUGUUAUUUUACUACUUGCACUUUGCCGUAACUGUAGUAUAUACAGCGCAGAUGUUUUGGAGUGUAUAGACAAGACGAAAGACUCACAGAUAAAUUUAUAGAACAUUGUGGUUUCUAGUAAUAAUAAUAAUAAUGACAGCUGGUCCGCUGUUGAGUGAUUUGUUGUAAUUUCAAUCGUACCUAAUUUGAUGUUAUUCGGACAUUACAUAUUUUUUUUGUGAAUAAUGCAAUUUGUGUUUACAAAACUUAAUCCAGAUAACUAAUUUUAAAUCACUUGUUUAAAUGGUGAAUAUUAGCGAUUGUUUGGUCAGCUGACGAAUAUAAACAAAGGAAUGUCAAAAGUGCAAUUGUGAGUCGUAUUGAUGCAAUAUACCUGAAAAGAAAAACAAUGGAUGUGGACGGUUCUGCCAUUCCCGGGGAGAUAGACCAAAAUCUCCUGUUGCAAUUCAGUUGUAUGAACACCACAGAUAGAGAUGAACUUAUAAACCAAAUGCAAAGACUUCUUGGACCUAGUUUAAAUUAUAACACCGCAAGUUUUUUUCUAGAUAUGAGUAAUUGGAAUUUACAAGCAGCAAUAUGUUGUUACUUAGAUUAUAGUCUGCCACCCAAACUCCCUUCCAUGUCUCUAAAAGCAGCUCAAACACAGGAGUCGGCUGUUGGUCCUGGAUCUUGUUUUGAACAGAAUUGGAGUAUAGCAAAUACAGGAGCAGAAGGAUGGCCAGGGAGUUGUAGGUUGAUUCAGGCUGGAGGUGAACCUUUGGGAGCCACUCCUGUGUAUGUACCACCCCUGCCACCUGGACAUACCACUACAAUAACUAUGAAACUCGUAGCACCCAGCACACCUGGGACUUUUAGAGGCUAUUUCCACUUAGUUACAGAAAAAGGGGAGCAAAUUGGUGAUACUUUAUGGGUAGAAAUUAAAGUGGAAUCAGAGGAAACUAUGGCAUUAGUGGAACAACUUGCUGCAUUGCCUAUACCAAGUAGUAGGUUAGAAGAACAAUCACAGGUACCAUCACAGGAUGAUCAAAUGUGUUGAUACUAAAAAAGUAGGUUUCAAUUGCCACCAUUUAUUUAUCAAAGUCAAUUACAAUAUGUAUGAAAUUAACAACUAUCUGUACCUAUAAAAUAUUUCUGUUGCAGUCUUUGUUCUACAAUUAUAUUCAUGACGUUGAAAAAGAAAUUAAUGUACAAACAGUAAAUACUUAAGAAUGUUGUCUAGAUUGUAAGAUAACAAAUGUUUAUUAUAGAUUUGUUAUAAUAUGAAUUUAACAUUUUCAAUGAAUGCAAUGUAUUGAUAAAAUGACAUCACUUAUUUUUUAAGAAUAAAUUGCCAUUUAAUUAAUUAGUUAUGGGC